UCUGGCUGCUCAGCUUUGUGAAAGCAUUAGUGAGUGUCAGGUUUAAGGGGUUCAGUGUUUAGUGUGUGGUGGACCAUGACUGUGUUGGGUAGUGUUAUUCUCCAGACUCCCAGCUUGGUGACUCUGCUGGGGACUGUGGUGUUUCUGCUGCUCCUCUACCUCCUCUCCUGCAGCUCCCAGGAACAGGGUAAGGAUCCUCCAGGACCCAGACCACUACCUCUGCUGGGGAACUUGCUGAUGCUGGAUCUCAAAAGGCCACACCAGACACUCUGUGAGCUCUCCAAGAAAUAUGGAUCAGUAUUCAAGGUUUAUUUUGGACCAAAGAAGGUUGUGGUCCUGGCAGGAUACAAGACAGUCAAGCAGGCACUGGUCAAUCAUGCUGAGGAGUUUGGAGAUAGAGAAAUAAUCCCUAUAUUUCAGGACUUCAACAAAGGACAUGGGAUUGUGUUUGCAAAUGGAGACUCCUGGAAAGAGAUGAGGCGCUUUGCUCUCACUACCCUCAGAGACUUUGGGAUGGGCAAGAAGAUGAGUGAGGAGAAGAUCAUAGAGGAGUGUGGAAACCUGAUUGAAGUGUUUGAGAAAUAUGAGGGGAAAGCGUUUGACACAACCAAGCCGCUGAAUUAUGCUGCCUCCAAUAUCAUCUCUGCCAUUGUAUAUGGGAACAGGUUUGACUACAGUGACCCAAAGUUCAAAGCAAUGGUGGACAGAGCUACUGAGGCUACAUGUCUGACAGGAUCUCCAUCAAUCCAGUUAUACAACACAUUUCCCUGGAUGGGUCCUUGGCUCUGGAAUUGGAGACGCAUAAGGAAUCUUGUUGACAUCACCCUUGAAGAUAUUAAAGAAUUAAUCGAAGGUCUGAAGGAGACUCUGAACCCCCAGAUGUGCCGAGGCUUUGUGGACUGUUUCCUGGCCAGACAGCAGAACCUGGAGGAAUCUGGGAGCGUGGCUUCUUUGUACCAUGAUGAUAACAUGGUAUAUUCUGUGGCCAACCUGUUUGCUGCUGGGACCGACACCACAGGAACUACGUUACGUUGGACACUCCUGCUCAUGGCCAAGUAUCCUCACAUACAAGACCAGGUUCAGGAGGAGAUCAGCAGGGUGAUAGGAAGUCGUCAGGUCUUGGUAGAGGACAGGAAGAACCUUCCCUACACUGAUGCUGUCAUCCAUGAGACCCAGAGACUGGCCAACAUUGUACCCAUGUCCAUCCCUCACGUCACCAGCAGAGAUGUCACCUUCCAGGGAUACUUCAUCAAGAAGGGGACCUCUGUGAUUCCUCUACUGACGUCAGUCCUGCAGGAUGAGAGCGAAUGGGAGAGCCCCCACACCUUUAACCCCGCCCACUUCCUGGAUGACAAGGGAAAAUGUGUCAAAAGGAAUGCCUUCCUUCCCUUCUCUGCAGGUAGCAGGGCGUGUCCUGGGGAAGGUCUGGCCAGGAUGGAGCUCUUCCUCUUCUUCACCUCUCUCCUCCAACACUUUCGUUUCUCUCCUCCACCCGGGGUAACAGAGGAUGAUCUGGACCUCACUCCAGCUGUGGGCUUCACCCUCAACCCCUCACCUCACCAGCUGUGUGCUGUCAGCCGGGUCUGAGGAGAGAGAGACAGUCUCAGAGACACACCAUUCAUCCUUCUACUGCACCACCUUGUUGAUGUAGUUACACUCAUUUCAGGAAUAUUGAGAAAUAGGCAAUACUCAACAUUAUGGUUUGUGAACUACAAAAGCAAGUUUGUUCAUAAAGCAUCUUGCCUAGUAAUGUUGUACUAUUUAUUCCAACAAGACAAUCAGUAUGGCAUCUAACUUUAACAGUGACUGGUUUAGGUAUAUUGUGAGACAGCUUUGUAUAUAUACAAAUUAUUAAUAAAAAGAAAUGACUACACUGAAAUAUACAUCAUUUGUUUUCAUUAAGUAUGUUUACACACUU